AUGAGUGACAUCGUGGCUGUGGCAACAUCCAGCAAAGGAGUGUUUGUAGUGUUCUGUCAGAGAGAAUUGAUAGCGUAUAAGCCUCUACUCAAUGGUUGGGAAUAGAGUUACAGUAAGAAUUGCACGAAUCCCAUAAGAGAUGCAUUUUUCUCCUUUGAUGAUGAACAUAUUAUUGGAUGUUCAUAAAAUAAACUACAUAUUUGGAAAGCGACUCAUAAGUAAAACAAAUUACUUGGACAAUUAGAUUAAUAUGAAUUAAUCGAUCUGACCGAAAUCUACACAUUGGAAUUGGAAUACUAAAUAGCAAAUGUGAAAUUCUCUCCAGAUGUUCGUUAUUUUACUACUCUUCAUGAAAACACUGUAAUUGUGUGGGAUUUCAAUUCAAUCAAAGAGGUUCAAGAAGGAGUGCUAUCACAAUAAUAAAGAGUGAAGUUGGAUCACUAGGAUGAAGUAAUUUCUUACAAGUUUCGAGGAACGCUUAGAAUAGCUCCAUCACCUUUCCCUACUCCCAAUACUAUAGUCACACUCACCAAAAGCAACCAAUUAACAAUAUGGCAAGAAAUGAUCUAAUGCAAGAAUUUCUGUAAACUACACACUUUGCAUUUUGAUCAAAUAUCCUCCUUUUGUUUCAUUUAUCUUAAGGGAUUAAUACCAUACCCUUGGAAAAAUGUUUAUUUAGAAUCAGAUUAAUUUGGAGUCCAGGAUACUGAGUAAUCGAGUGUUGACUAUCUACUGUUACAUUAAGAAUGCGAAUUAAGUGUGGUCAAAUUAGAUUUUCUUAGAAAUUACUCACUUGAAGAGUCAGUUAAGAUUAUUAAGAAAACUAAAAGUGACGUCUUCAAAUAAAUCAAGAAGAUUCUUCUGGUAGAUUAAAUUGAAGGAUAAAAGAUAGAAAUUAUUGGAUUUGAUAGAUUAUGGAAUUUAAUUAAGAUAUGUGUUAACUUGAAGGAUGAUACCAAACAAGUGUUUUAAUGUGAAAAGUUUCUGUUUUAAAAUAUCAUACACUUCUCAAUCUGCAAGAAUCAAGUGGCCAUUAUAAAUGAUUGGAAUUACUUGUGUUUACAACAAUUAAAAUUGAACAGUGUAAUCAGUCAGGAAUACCAUAUUUCAGAUGGACAAUCUAAAAUCUGGAAAAUUAAUGCCAAUCUAUCUAAAUAUUAGCAAAUGUACAUCACUAGGGACAAAGUAAAGGAAAAUGAUGUUAUUCUACUCACUUCAUCCAAUGCUCAAAAUUGUUUGGCUUUCACUUUUUAGCAGAAUUAACUAUUAGAAGUACAUAUCAAUCUCUAUAAUCAUCUAUCAAAUGAUUACAGAGAUAAAAUCACUGAACUGAGAAAAAUUAACUACGAAAUAGAUGAAUUACAAUUAUUAGUGAUAGCAGCUUAAAAGGUUGCCUUAAUUUAAAUACAAUUUGAAGUCUAUGGCCAUGGAUAAAUAGAUUUUUAAGUUAUAGAAUUGAAAACAUGGAAACUAGACUUCACUUAUGAAAGAUUAUAGAUAUUACAAUCAACUGAACUUUCUUUUAUUUCCAUUACAGGGAAAUAAUUAAAGGGCUUUAAUGAAUAAAUGCAGUAAAUUGUUCAGAUCUCUAAAAGUUACAAUAUCAAAGAGGUUGGAUAAUUAAGAGGAAUCCAACCAAUUUAUUUUGUGAUGAGUCAUUAAAAUGAAAUUGAUUUUCAUUCCUCCUCAGGAGAAUUCUUGGUUAGAUUCAAUCUUCAAUCCUUUCUUGUCAGAGUUGACAAGGCUCUUUACGAUGUUUCCAAAGUUAUUGUGUAAGUUGUACCAUUAACCAACUUUGCAUUCCUUUUAUAAACGGAUAACUAUUUGACUGCCUUCGCUAUUCAAUUUGAUAAAAUAAACAAUUUAACUAUUAUCUUUAGAAAAUAUUUAAACAAUAGGGAAGGAAUCUAUUGCAAACGAUUGUCGAAAUAAUCUAUGCCUCAAAAUUACAGAUUUUAUACAAUAAAGGACUGCCUGAUAGUUAAAACAGGAAGAAAAGUCAAAGUGUUAGGCAAUUCAUUAAUACGUUGUUUAGCAGAUAAGUUUUGGAUGCCAAGCACUUUAAGCUACAAAUUAAUAAAUCAAUAAAAUAAUGUUUAAUUGUAAGAUUACGAUUUUCUGAGUGAAUUAAUACAACUGGGUAAAUUAUAAUUAGUACAAUUUAUUUUGAAGCUAAUAUGUCUGAAGUUUAAACAUCAUGGUGCCUUGGGAAAUCAUUUUAUGGUUCCAUAUAAAAAUUUAUUAGAAUUAUAUCAAAUGACUUCUGAACCAGAACCUUUAUGGGUUGAUGCAAUUCGAACUUAUGAAAUGAAGAAAUUGCAAGACAAAGAUUCGUAUGAUUACACUUUACAUCCAGUUGAUGUCCUUAAAAAGAUUUGUUAAGAAUAUCCAUUAAAAAUUAACAUAAUCUUAGAUUACUUAAGAUACUAUGAAGAUAAUUCGCGUUCAUUAGAUUUUUACGCUGCAAUGUUUAUGUUCCAUGUACACAUCUUUAGAAAUCAACCAACCCAUAAAAGAAAUAGAGUAUUAAGUUCUAAAGAAGUAGUUUGGGCAUUACAUUCAUUGUAAAAAGAAACACUUUGGUAAGAAUGCAUUGCUAGUUCUGAUGAUUUAUCUUGGAAUUUACUUAAAAGAUACGCAACAGUACUAUGGAUGGAUUUGUCAUUUAUUAAAUAAAGAUUAGAAGAAAUUGCAUUGUAGAUUUAUAAAUAAUCUAAAGACCCGUUCUAAUCAUUAUUGUACUUCAUAGUUUUGGGUAAAAAGAGUGUAAUAACAACUCUUUUCAAAAAGGAAGUUAACUCUGGUAAGGAAUACAAAUCAACCUAUGAAUUUUUGCAACAAGAUUUCACUUAACCUAGAUGGAAAUCAGCAGCUUCAAAGAAUGCUUAUGCCUUAGUAUCUAAAAAAAGAUACUAGGAUGCAGCUGCCUUUUUCUUAAUAGGAGGACAUUUGAAUGAUGCAGUGAACGUCAUGGCUAGAUAUAUGGAGGAUAUCUAAUUGGCUUACUUAACAACAAAGAUCUAUGAACCACAAGGUGGACCAGUGGGAGAAUAAUUGAUCUAAGACUAUUUUAUCAAAAGCGGUGAAGAGAUGAACGAUAUUUGGUUAUUGCAUAUUGGUUUCUAUCUAUUGGGAAGAUACGUUGAUAGUGUUAAUGUUUUAUUAAGAGAACCCGAACAUCAUAUUUUAGAAUAUGAUAAUUUUGGAAAGGCUGUCUGCAUUAGUUGGCCUGCUACAUUUACUCCUUAGUUAUCGUAUUAUCAUCCAUCGGCUAUUCUAUUGGUUGAAAAACUCAAGGAAAAUAUAAACGUGAAAAGGGAAAUUCAAUAAAGCAUUGAUGCUAAUAAAAAGAAGAGUAAGAAGGCAGAAGAUGAUAUCUUUUCUCAAUUUUAUGAAAGUGAAGAAUCAGAAGAGGAAGAAGUUGUAGAAUAAGUUCCAAUUAAGAAGAUAAAUGAUAACUAAGAAUUCAUCAAGUAAUAAGCAGUAGAAUAUUAUUACAACAUCUAAAUGCCAUAAUUAGGAAUGAUUUUUGCAUAGGAUUUAAAUAAAGAAACAGAACAAUCAGAGUAAUUAAUCGAAUUAUAGAUUGAAAUGUACAUAGUUUAGGCUAUUGAAGAUUAGGAACAUUUCACAAAUUAUGUGCAAUUAAUGUAGAAACUUGAUGAUUUAGCAAACUUUACAUAUCACAACAAAACAAAACUAUAUGACAUUGCAUUGAAGAAAUUAAGAUAAUUAAAAUCUCCUUCUCGCUUUCUUACCUUUGCAAUUCAUUAUGAUUAGACAGGACUGGAUGAGUUCAUUUCCUUCUGUCAAGAAACCUAAAGUUUAUUGUAUAGAAUAUGUUUCGAUUAUCCUUUGUCUGAAAAAAGUUAAGAAUAUUAUUUGACAUUUGUUCAGAGUCUCUAUGAAAUCGAUGUUGGAUUAAAACUAUUUUAAUAAUCCUAAUAUUAUCAAAAGAAAUUUGACAACAAAUUGAAAUUGAACAUCAUUAAGUUAUUGGCAUUGUUCAUGACUUUGAUUUUGGCAUUGGAAUUACGCUUAUGGGAUAACGCAUUUGAAUAAUUGAGAAAAUUGGAGACUUUUUGUAAUACUGUAUACAAACAACAUGUACAAGAUUGUGGAUAUGAGAAUUUGAGAGAUGAUUUCUGUGAGUUAGUAAAAUCAGCAAUUAAAAAUAAAAGGCUAUAUUCCAACAAAGGAUUCAAAGCAUAUAGAAAUGUAGACAUUUUAUAAGAAGCCUAUCCUGAAGAUUUGUACAAUGUUAGUGAAUAGGACUACAUGUAAAAGCAUAAACCAGCAACAUCAGAAUAAGAAUAAUAAAAUUCAUAACGAUCUGACAGUCUUGAAGACUCAUAACAAUUAGAUCUAAGUUAAGAAAAGACAACAGGGGAGGAGAAUAUUUAGAAUUAGUUUAUAUAUUUCACAUUUCAAUCUUUGAUUGUAAAAUACUUCUUGUCUAUAUCCAAGAGUUACUUUAAAAUAGAAAUGUUCAAUAUUGCAAUAACUAGUUAUAGUAAUAUCUUUACAAUGGCUGAAUAAUAUGUGACCACCAGAAACGAUAUGGUAAUCACUUUAUUAAAGAAUCUCUCUGAUUUUUCAUAAGAAUAGAACUUUAUUGAAGACCUUAGAAUGGUUCUGAAAGAGUCUUCGUUUGCUAAAAGUCAAUACUUUAAGCAACUUGAAAAGAUCUUCAAUCAAAAUCAAUUCUUUUAAAUUUGUUAAAAAGUUGGAUUGGAUCAAUAUCUGGAGGAAAUCUCAAUCAAUAGAACUAAAUAAGGGUUUAAAUAUCCCAUAAGUAAUUUUGAUGAGUAAUCGAUAAUCUCAUUUAAAAAUAAAAUCUUUAAGUAAGGAGUUGAAGUAUUUAAAAUAAAGACUGAUCAAAUAAAAAGUAUGUGUAUUAACAAUGCUAAUCCAAUCGAAGGAUUUGUAUUAUAUGGCAAAUUCCUAAAGCAUAUGAAAUUUUAUAACACUCUAUAACACAAAAAUAGAUCACUAGAUGGCUAUAAUCUAGUAGAAGAAGAAACAAUCGAUGAGGCUAUAAGGACAGAAGCAUCUUAAACCAAUAAACCUUACAUUAUAAAACUAAGUUCCUCGGCUUUGGGAAUCUAGGUUGGAUUGGAUAAGGAGAAAGAACCUUAUUUAAAAUCAAGAGCACAUCCUUAUGAAGAAUAUAAAGAUUUUACUGAAAAGGAUUUCAUGGAGAAGUUUUAGAAUUGUUCCAGUAAAUAAAUUCCAGAAGAGGAUUUACAGUGUUUGGCUUCUCAUCCUCAUCUGCCAUUAUUUUUACAAGGAGGAAAGGGAAUGGUUAAUGUAAUGACAUUUAAAUAAUCAUCCCAAGUAGUAGCUGAAUUCAAUACUCAAUAGAGAGAUUAAAUUGAUUCUCUUAAGUUUAACAAUUCUGGUGAAUUGUUUAUUGGACAUGAUGUUAAUAAUAGUGCCUAUAUCUGGAAACUCAAUAGAGUAAACAAACUUAAUACACCACUGUUUUUACUUAAUAGUAAACUAAGACCUACUACUGAUUUAACAUUCAUUAAUGAGGGAACAGUCUUCGCUUCAAUUUAUAGUUCUACUAAUAAGCCUCAUUUUGGUUUGUACGAUAUGUUAUUGCCAGCUAAUCGUAACAUUGUGGCAUAAGAGAAUUUCAAUGGCACAGACAUCUUAUUUUCUACUCCCAUGAAUUCAAUUUUGAUAGGAAAUUAGAAAAAAGGAACUGUCAAUUUCUUGGACAUCAGAAAAAACUAAAUCUAUAAAACACUAGAAUUACCUUUCACAGAAAUCAAAUUUAUGAAACUGAAUCAGUAUCAAACUUCAUUAAUUUGUGCCUGCAAUGAUGGACAAAUAAAAAUAAUAAAUUUAGAAACGUUAUCAACAAUUGUAGAUUAUAAACCAUUUAGAUAAGAUAAAAAGCAGUAGAUUAUGGCUUUAACGUAAACUGAGAAUGCUACGUAUGCAGCAUCAUCCGAUGGAGUUAUAUCAUUAGUAUAUUUGAAUGCAUGA